UCAGAUCCGAUGCACGGCCCGCAGCGUUUGGAGGUUGUUGACAUUCAAUCCAAACAGAUGACGGUUCGAUGGGAACCGUUCGGAUACAACGUGACGCGCUGCCACAGCUACAACGUGACCGCACAGUACCACUACAGACCAGCAGGGACCGCCAGCAGGGAGCGGGUGAAGGAGGAGGUGAGGGAGGAGGUGGUGUACGACACUGUGAGCAGCGUGCCGCAGCACACGGUGCGUAACCUUCCACCUUUCACCAACGUAAGCCUGAGACUCGUCCUCAGUAACCCAGAGGGACGCAAGGAGAGCGACGAGCUGCUGGUGCUGACAGACGAGGACGUCCCUGGAGCGGUUCCUGUGGACUCGAUUCUCGGCAGCAGUUACGAGCAGCAGAUCAGUCUGAGCUGGAGAGAACCGCUGCAGACGUACGGCCUCAUCCGACAGUACGAGAUCUCUUACAAAGCUCUGAGCUCCUUCGACACAGAGUUCGAUCUGUCCAAUCAGAGCGGCAAGGUGUUCAAACCGACCAAUGAGACAAGCCACGUGUUCAUGGGCCUCUACCCAGGCUCCACCUACUCCUUCACAAUAAGAGCCUCCACUGUGAAAGGCUUCGGACCUCCAGUGAUCACACAGUUUACCACCAAGAUCUCAGCUCCUCUGAUGCCAGCGUACGACCAGGAGUCACCUCUGAACCAAACCGACUCCACCGUCACCAUCCUGCUGCGACCAGCUCAGAGCCGAGGAGCACCAGUCAGUAAGUACCAGGUGGUGGUGGAGGAGGAGCGCCCCCGCAGGCAAAGAAGAGGUACUGCAGAAAUCCUGCGUUGUUACCCGGUGCCCAUUCACUUCCAGAAUGCGACCCUGCUCAACUCGCAGUAUUACUUCAGCGCUGAGCUGCCGAUGGGCGAGCUGAGGGCCGCCCUACCCUUCUGUGUCGGUGACAACAGGACGUACAGUGGUUACUGGAACGCUCCUCUGCUGCCUCAUAAGAGUUAUGGGAUCUACUAUCAGGCCGUCAGCACUGCUAAUGGGAGCACAAGCUGUGAGUGGGACAGAGAGAGAGUGGGGGAGGACAGUGCAGAAAUAGCCACAGGUCAGAACUGA